CAGAGACCCGCCCAUAAAGACUUUUAAAUAAAACUGGAGUUCAAUAGAAACUGGUUUUGGUUUGGAGUGAUACUACAGAGACAUGGCGAACGGGAUACAGGAACAAACUUUAGACCAGGUGGAAAUCCUUGCAAAGGUGUUUCCCACAGACAGUUUGGAGUACAAACUCCUUCUGAGGUACACACAGAAGAAAAACACCAAAAACAGUCACCCCCCGCAGAGCAAUGGUGUAGGAGAGGUGACUGUUGCUUCCCCGUUGCGACCACGGGACCACCGUAAGCCGAAGAAACGCAAGCAUAAGUUUUUAAGGAUUAUGAGCUGCAUCCGGCCGGUGAAGGAAGAUGAUGAUCCUGUGGAUAGAUUGCCGGCAGCUGCAGAUUCAUCAGGUCCAGAACAAGUAAAAGUGGAUAAAAUUGUUAACAAAUUGACCAACAUCACUGAUCAUGUUCAUUUCAAAUCUACGGAUAUAGAAACUGAUGGUGAUGAUGUCGUGGAGAGAAUUGUUGAACUGCUUAGGGAACACGGAGAUAAACUUAACGAGGAAAUUGAAAACAAUCAUGUGCUUAAGAAACAGCUGCAGGACUGUCUGUCAUACAGCUUCUUUACAAGACUAACUCAGAGCUUUAUGAAAAGACUAAGUCCAGAGGAGCUUCCUGCUGCAGAAAGCUCAAAGCAGGCGGAGAUCGCGCUCACCUGUGAGCUGACCAGCCGCCUAAACGCCAUGGACUGUCUCCCCAUGAACCGAGUGCUGGGCUUCGGUGCUAAAUAUUUGCAUGACUAUUUAAGCCCCUGGGUCAUCCAACAAGGCGGCUACGAAAAAGUUUUUGGCUCAGACAGUGAUGCCGAGGAGGAGGUUCACUAAGUCUAGAGGAUUAUUAUUUUUCAAGACUUUUUCUUUUUGAGAUUUAUUUAAUCUCAGGGUCCAAGUGACUUGAAUAAUAAAUGUUUAAAUAAAAAUAAUUGUUUUUGUAAAGCUGCUAACAAUUUAUGCAUGUUUUUUUUAUUAUUAUAUGUUGAAUGUUUGUGUUCUUUUGUUUAAAAAAUAAAUAAAAGUGUAUCUUGAUAAUACUAUGAUACUCGAUACAGAGUAAUUUUAUAUACAUAUGUAUUAAGGUGAUUUUUGUAUUCAUAUUUUGGUGAAAUUCAAUUCUGGUGAACUUUUAUCCUCAACAAUAACAUCUUUUUAAAAUAGAUUUAUUUACUUAAUUGCAAUAUAUUUUUUUUUAAAGAAAAGAACAUGGCAAAAUCUAUUU